ACCCGUGUAGGAUUCUCUCGACAGAUCUUGAGGACAUUACCAUCAGACGCUCAGUGCCUAUCAGAGUUUGUAUCACUGCUCAUGAAAGCUGGGGAGCACAUCCACAGAGAUGUUGAACAUGACACCUGUUUUGUGGGAAGGUGGUUCAAAUGUUGUGCUGUCUGAAGCACCCUCUUGGACUAAGCUCAGUGUGACUAAUAAUAGAAGGGCUUAGGCACCCUUAAAAGCUUGUUUCACACACAACUUUCAAUGCCCAGAGAACAGCAGCUGACUGUUCUGACUGCUUUAACAAGCUCUUCUGCUGUGUCAGUUCUCAGAGCUGAGCUUGGCCACUCUGAACAGCUGUUCUGCCACAGCCAGUGGUGUUGCAGCAGGGAUACAGGGGAACUGAAGAGCAGGAUUGUGGGAGCUGGCAGGAGAACCUGCCAUCUCUUGCUUUUGAGUGCUUGUUGAGAGACCAGGGUGAGCUGAAGCAGAAAUGUUUUCUCCCCAGCCGAGGGCCCGCUACAGAUUUUUAAUUCAGAGCUGUGUGAGGUGUAGUGGGUGAGACACAAUUUCACUCUUGAUUUUGGAACACUUCCUUUUGGCCCUCUCAAAGACUGGAUUGUACAUGUAUAACAUUGGUAGCUGAAUGACACUGCCACUGUAGGCCACAAGUACCAUGGACAAUGAGGAUGGACUGCUCCAGGUACACCAGUCGGGAGCUCCUGGUGCAGCUUGCAACCACCCCACAGCACAGCAGCCCUCCUGCCCUGGAAGGCAUCGAGGAUGGAUAGAACCCACAGUUAUGGAUUAAAUGAACUCAACAGCCAUCCUGGAGGGACAGCCAUUGACUAUGGAAAUGAUACCUGGGCUUAUAUAUAUAUAUAUAUAUAUAUGUAUAUGUAUGUAUGUAUAUAGUUGGGAAGUGUAGGGUCUGGGCAUGAUGUAGAUGUUAUAGAAUAAUGGGUGGAUAAUGUCCUGGUUGUAGCCAAGAACAGGGUGAAUUUUUCUGGUAGCUGAGAGGAGGUUUGGCUGAGGGAGCACUCAAUACCACCUUGGGGGAAGGGACUCUUGGGCUUUGGAGAAAAAGGGUGUGGCUUCCAGUGGGGAGCAAACCCGGUUCAUGGAGCAGGCAGGGUGGGAGUGCUGCCAGCUGCAGUUGUGUAAGGCUUGGUGAAUAUUUGGCAUGUGACUCACCCCCUCUUGUACAUUUUUUUUUUAAUAUCAUUGAUGUUAUUGUUCAUUUUCUUAUUGCUCUUUCCAGUAAAUUGUUCUUAUCAGCCUCUGAUCUUUGCCUUUUGUGCCUCCUCUCCGGCCGCCUGCAGGGAGGGCAGAAGACAGAGGCAGGGGGAGCAGUGUGGUUUGGAGUCCUGGUGAAAGAACUAAACUGGGGAGUACCAUUCCUAAACCAUGACACUGCUUUUCUCCCUUUCUCUGCUCUGUUCUGCCCAAAGAAGUGAGGGCAAGACCUUCCCUGCCUUGAGGACCCUCUGCUGCCCGUGGUUCCUCCAGGGUGCCGGUGCGAUGGGGCAGCUCUGCCAGGAGCCGAUGGUGGGGAGAAGGAAGAGUUAAGAGAAUCCCAGCCUUGUAGCCAUAUCCAAGGUGGCUGAUUCCAAAUUUCAGUGGUGGGCUCCUGACAGAAAAUGACAGAGCAUUAACAUGGGAAUGAAAAGCACCUCAUUCCAGUGUUCCAGGUGCAGAUGACAGGCUGACCAUGAGAGGGCACAUGGAAUCUCACUGGAGAGGCGGAAAAUCAGGAAGGAGCUGUGAAAGGGCAAGCAGCAUAUACUGGGCCUGGCUGAAGUGGGCACUGCUUCCAGGGGUCACUGCUCCACAGCAGCGUGCACUGCUACACUGCUCCUUUUCUUUUCCUGGUGUUCCAUGUUUUCGGCCUUGAUUUCUGGAGAAAACAUUCCGUAUGAAGGAGAAGAAGAAUGACUUGCUCCCAUGGAUCACAGACGAAAAAGAAGAAGAAGAAGAAGAAGAAGAAGAAAAAGGCUUGUGAAGUCUCAUUACUUUUAGGCCAUUUGUGUUACCUUGGCAUAUCCAGUCUCCUUCUGAGGCGAUGGAAGUGGUUCACCCCGCAGUUCGGUUGUCCUUUGUCUUGCAUCUCCAUCUGUGAGACAUUUCCUGGCCCCUGCUGUUUCCUGUAGCUGUCGUGUCCUUGGGGCCGCUGCUGCAGUCAGCUCGUGUGCAUGAGGGACAAACUGACAUGGCUUGGACUUGAUGUCAUCUUGGAGGUCUCUUCCAACCCAGUCUAUUCUACGAUUCUAUGACUUACUGUGCAAACAAAAAGGGGACGAGAGGCAGAUGGGCACAGGCAGAUGGGUGCAAAUCUUUCCCACUGCCCUCAGAUAUCAGCUCGUGCCACUCACUACUGCCCAGGGACUCGCCUUGCGUGCUCAACUUGCCUGGAGAAAACUUUGCUCCGAAUGCCUCAGGGCUGCCCCCAUCUCCUGAAAACCUGUCAUGUGACUCCUGUCAGCCCUGGUCACAGGGUUUGGCCACACCUGUGCCACUCACAGCCGUCCUCAUCUGUCAGCAGGAAGGGAAGAGGAGAGAGCAGGAAGAAGGGUAGAGAAGGAGGAAGAGAGAGGGAUAGAGAGAGAGGCAAGGAGGCUGCAUUUAGCAUUUGGACAGAGUGGCUGACAAUCACCGUGGGAGAGGCUUGCAAUGUCCUCAGCAACUUCCACCAGCUCUUUGCCCAGCGGCCUGGCCGUCCUGACGACGUUCCCAGAUGUUCUCUUCAUUCCUGAAAUCGUGAGUGCUGGCUUUUCUCUGGAGGAGGGCAGUUGCUGCUUGUGGGGCACCCAGCACAUGUCAUGCUGCAGGGUGUCUGAGGGAUGAGACUUGACCCAUGGCACGUGGGCUCAGGACCCACACCAGCUCCUGGUGUCUGGUUCCCCCAGAGAAAACUGCAGGGCUUGAGCCGGGGUUGUGAAGCUCUCCUUUAGUCUGCAAUGGGAUUUUUUUGGUGCAUGUGAAAACCUUUGGUGAAUUCCUGCCUAAAAAAAAAAGUUGAGGAGGUUGCUGGUGUAUUUAAACCAGGUUUACAUAUGGAGCUAAUUAUUUAAUUAGAAGAUGAUUUUGGCAGAUAAUACAGACAAAGGAUAAACCGCUUGCUUAAAGCAGGGGAUUAAGGCAAGUCGAGGCAGUUGUUUGCAGCAGCAAAGAACUUGGUCUACGGAAGGUCUCCUGCUCAGCUGCAACAUUCCUGAGCUGGAGGUGCAGAGUGCUGGGCCUGGGUGUGUGGGUGGGCCAAGGGUGAGCAAACAGCUUGUAACUUCUUUCCACAUUGUAAUUUCAUUGAGCAGGAGAUUAUAAUCUUAAUGGAUUUGGCACAAGUGAUUAAAAGCAGUUGCUAUGACCACUGACCCAAAGAUAGACAUUUUCAAGGAUAACCUUUUUCCUGUGUCCUCUGCCCCACUCGUGAAACCUGAUCUUCUCACGAGAGUUGGAGUGGCUUUUUCCAAAGCCUGAGCACUCCCACCUAGCACUGAAGGCUUUGGCUGAGCAUAGUAGGAUGGCAUUCGGAUGAUUUAGUGCUGAAAACUUCAACUUUCCUGUCUGGGACGAAAUUCUUUCCUGUCACACAACUUGGUCCACACUCUUGGGAUUUACAGCAUUUACUUCAUUCUCCCAGUGGCAGCAAUCCAGCAAAGAGGAUGUAGGGAAAGGCUUUGCUUCAGCUCUUCCAGUUAUGCUCUGGAGACUUGGUCUCUGUGCCUGGGCUCUGAGAACAAGGUGCAGGUUUCUUGCAGCUACAUGAAGGAGGGUUUUAAGUCCCUGUGGAGGGUUUGGCUGGGCAGACACUUGCCAGCCACCCCUGCCACUGAGUUGUGUUAGUCCUGGUACUGGGCUUGCUGUUGGCCUCAGCAUGCUUGUUCCCCUUGAAUUGUUUGUAAUUCCUGACUCCAGGGGAUCUGGCAAGGCAGCUUGCUUAAAUGAGCACCCUAUCCUUUGGUUUGGGUAAGAUCUGGAAAUGUGCAUCCUGAAGGCUCAGGAAACACCCAGGAAGGAGGAAUGCUGUAUAACUGGAUCUCCAUCUCCAGGAUGUGUGUGACUCUCUGCUGUGCAGCUGUAUGAACUCUUCCAUGUACAAAGGAGGUGGCUGCCUUGAAUCACAGAGGGAUAAAAAAAACCAACAAAACCAAAAACAAGACAUUUCAAAUGCUAAGACAGUUGUGAAAUUUCCAGAAGAUCCUGCCUGCAGCUCAGAUGAUUGCCACACCUGCAUGUGCUGAUUAAGAACUACCAUUUUUAUUCUGUGAGGCUCAGUUGACUUCCUGUAAUCUAUCUUAUUUGAAGAAUUCUCUCCAUAUAUGGAUAGGCAGACCUAUGUGGUUUCAUCUGAAACAAGCUGAAAAAAGAUACAUUUGCUUCAUAAAAGGCUUUUUGAAAGAUAAGUUUUUUCUUAGACUGCUGUCCCCAACCUGAUGUGGGUUAUUACUGAAAGCCUCAAUUCUUCCCUCAUUUUUACAAGUGUGCUGAACAGCAGCACCAUAAAACCAACAUCAGUAAUCAAACCAUGUCAAACAUACUUGCCUGAGUGAGUAACCACAUCCUGCAGAAAGGAGAGAUGGUGAGUGGUAGGAAGUGGUAAGUGAUACUUCUUCCCCGAACUGCCUAUCUCGCUCAAUUUGGUUUUGAUUUUAAUGGAGCAGAUCUAAGGUUUUCCCCAGGAUCUUUAGCUACAAUAGGCUCAUUGUGUCACCACAUGAGGUACUAAAGGGACUGGAUUAGUGUUCAAGUGUCAGUCUUUGGUUGUUACAAGAGGCACCAAACCAGCAGCACUUUGGAAGACCUAUUUUCACUCAGCUGUUUGCAAGGUCUCAACCAUAUAAUUGAUGUAAUGUAUCAAUUUGCAUAAUGGAACCAAUGAACUUUCCUACAAAUGUGGAGUGACACAAAUGACGUGACAUUUUCUGGGCAUAACAAAUCAGAAACUUUCUUUCCCCUUGCAAAAUGUCUCCAAGGAAAUGGAAAUGCCGUGAGUUGUCACUUGGAUGCUGACAAAGGCCGGCAAUCAGAAUGCUCUUGGAGUCGUUAAGGCUCUCCUACCUCUGAAGAUCUGCCUGCAAAUCCAAGGCAGCUGGUGAUGAGGGAGAGGUCCCCACAGCGGCACAGUGUGGGUUCAGCCGAGGAGCUCUUCAUAACAGACUAAACUUUGCAGAGGCUCAAGGAACAUCUGGCCUGAUUUGUAGCACAGAAAAGCUACUGAGAGUAUUUUAGUGCAAAGGCACCACUCGCGGUGCAGGCAUUCCACAACAGUGAACAUCACUGUUGCUGGUGGAGAAUGGAGAAUGGAUGGAGCCUAGACCCUGCUGUCUUUGUGUUCCCCACCCCACCAGAAAACCCAUGGCAAACUCCCAAGGCUGGCUGAGAAGACUGGGGCCCCACCUGCUCCCACAGCAGCAGCUGGUACCUCGCUCAGCUCUGAUGGAGCCAAUGAAGGACAACCCGAACAGCUGGAGUAGCAACACAAGCUCUGUGAUGGCUGAGGGUGGAUAGGGAGAGGGACUCCAGGCUAGAGGUCUUUUCCUUUUACCUCUAGUCCUGGAGGGGAGCGUGCCCUCCCCCUUCCCCCCACCACGUGGACCCCAUGAGCCCAGCAGAGACCACAGGACAGCAGCAGCAAGGAGAGAGGCAGAGAGAGUUUAUUGUUCUGGGUAGUGACUUAAAUAGCUCUUGGGGGGAUUACAAAGUGACCAUUGGGGGUCCCAGGAGGUCUUACUAUAACCAAUGACAAUAAGGGGUUAACAACCAAUAGAUAAGCUCUCAGUUAUCUCUUAGAACAUUCCAAAAGUAUAGAUAAGACUGAGGAACCUGGGGAAGAAGAAAGGUGAGUUUACAAAAAGACUGUAAAAGCCAUUUUGAAAGCAUGUUUACUUAAACAACAUUAAAAACUUGUGUAUCCUUUUAUAUAUUGCAAAACUACCACAACAAAGCUCUCCUUUCCAGAAGGAGCUGUGAGCCUCAAGCUUAUUUCUCCUCUCUCAGAGCGUAAUACUGGCCACAUUACCUCUCUUAAACAUGUUCUCUCUUCUUUCAGGGUGACAUUUGCCUGUGGCCUUUGUGAGGACCAUGUGCCUGUGCUGUUUGUGCAGAGGAACUGGGCUUGACACUGCUCCUGUCAGGGAUCUGACACGCUGGGUGUGAAGCAAACACGCCUUUCUGAAAUCAGCCUCCCUGUCCAGCUUUCAGAAGUGUCUGAACCAGCCCUCUGAGCACACUGAUGUAGGGAGGGUGUGAAUGGCAGUGACACCAGGAGGCAGGGCUACAGAGAAGACUUUUUUGGGUCAAGAUCAGUGGCAGGUGCUCCCAGAGAUACACCCAGUUUCAAGUGGAGGCUGGGAAGAACUAUUGACAUGUGCAGUGCUAGUGCCAGAGGCAUGCAUGGCACUCUCUGCUCUGGAUCAGUCAUUUCACCCCAUGCUCACCCUAUCUCCCACUUUCACUUGCAGAUCUUUGGAGGCCUUGUCUGGAUCCUGGUGGCAUCCUCAAGGGUCCCAAUACCCAUGCUGCAAGGCUGGGUGAUGUUUGUCUCCGUGUUCUGCUUCGUCAUGUCCACUACCCUCCUGUGCCUCUACUUUUGUGGGGCCCACGGGGGCAGCAGCUCCUGGGUCACCUUGGAUGCCAUCUGCCAGGGGACAGCAUCUCUGUUCUACCUCAGUGCUUCUGUGUUGGAAGCCUACUCGACUUACGUUACCGCCUACUUGUUCAGUCCACACAUCUACAGGGAGAACAUUGCUGCUGUGGUGUUUGCAUUCGUAGCUACCCUGGUUUACGUGAUCCACAAGGUGUGCUCGCUCCUGCGAUGGAAAUCAUCCUGAGAACCUCCCCUCGGAAGUGUGUCCUGUGGUCACCUCAAGAACAAUGAUCGCAGUUUUCCAGGCUGGCUUUAGGUUUUGGGGUUUUUUUUAAUGUAAAUAUUAUAAACAAGUGGCUUUUUAUGUGGGAUCUUGGCAAUGGGGACAAGGAGCCUGCCAAAGAAAGGUAUAUCCUGGCACAAUCUGUUUCCCUUCAGUCUCUUCUGGGUUGGGUACAGUCUGAUGCUGAUAACUGGGGCCCAAAAUAAAUAAAUAAAUAAAUAAAUAAAUAAAUAAACAAAUAAAUAAAUAAAUAAAAAUCCAGCUUUAAAAAACAUAGUAUAGUUGGAUUCAAAGUGCUAAAAUCUCCCUGAACUGCACCUUUAUGCCUCCAGGGUUUUUACAGCAAUCAGGGGAAUCUGGACAACCAGCACUAAGGGUCAUGAGUAUGAAACUGUGUCAUCUUCAGUGCUGCCUGUCCAUUUAAGUCUGUGUCUUUCCCUAAACCUGCUGUACCAAAUUAAUAUUUUCAUGUAGUUCCUGAAAAUGCCUUCUCUGACUUGUGACGAGAAAUGAGGACAAUAUUUCACUUGCCUUGGGAGCAGUAUGAAUUGUUGCAACCCCUGAAGGGUACUGCUGAAUUUUGAGGAAUUGGGUAAUAUUGAAUAAUUGCAAUAUUGCCAGGCAUUGCCACUGUAUUUGAUCCCCCUACAACAUACAGCUUUGGAAGGUGUGCAGUAGACUGUAGGAGAAUUGUGUGGAUGAUUAGAAUGACAUCUUGAAUAAGCAAUCAAUUCAUGUCUUUGGUGAAUGGCUACUCUUUCUUACAGUAGCACUAUGUUGCUAAUAAAGAUGGGUUUGCUGUGA